AUGAAAUUGGAAGCGUAUCGCCACAGAAAUUAUCAACAUUUCUAUCCUAGUACCUCGUUUCUUUAUGCAGAUGGAUGUUUGAACAAGGUAGCUACUGAACAACAAAACCUAAUGUACAGUUUUAUCACUAUAUGCGGUAUUAUAAGCAUAUGUCUACAAAUCAUACGAUUGACUAUCUUUUGUGUUACUUGUAAUCAAAUUCAAACAAAAUGUUCAAAUGAAUCAGCAGAAAUCAAACAGUAUUCAACUUAUUCCAGUUCAUUUAAAAACAUGCGCUACAUAUCCAACUCACGUUUAUUAAGUGCUUGUCAAAGUUAUUGGCUAUUCGAACAACCGGCUCUUAUGCAUUUACAGUUUGAAAAUUUAAAAUCACACUGGUUGGAAAAGAUUAUGGGUAUAGGUUGGAUAUUUUUCAACAAAGGCAAACACUAUGUAACAUUUCUACGUCGAAUUAACUUUCAGGAAAAAAGUCCAAAAUUGAGUACAUUUCGCCAACUUCUACGCUAUUCGAUACCAACUUUUGAAAUGAUAACCUAUGCAGAUGGUAAUGAUAUGGAGGAAACUGAAGCAAAUGUCAUCUAUGGUGGUUAUAUUUCAAGACUUAUGAGAAUGAUCUGUUUCCUUUUAUUUGGAAUACUCAUUGGUGAGUUCUUUUUAUAUGCACUUAUACCUGUUAGAAGUGAGGCAGUUGAAGUGCUUUCUGGUGACGAAAGACUACCUGAUAACAUUAUUCAAAGAGAUGCUGAAGCACUGGCAAGUGACAUUGAGUGGAUGACUAGAAUAUUUAUUCGAAUUACUAUCACAGUAGCUACUGUGGUGUCAUGUAGAUUUCGUUGUCUUCUCCUAUUAAUAAUUCCAGGCGUAGCACAGACAGUUGGUGUAUCCUAUUUAGGCAAUGAACUGGCACAUGUUUCUAUAACAGGACCUGUUCAAAAUUUAGAGCGUAACCUCCGUUCAGCAUCUGAAUCAAUAAUUUGUUUUAUUAAAUUGGCUCACAAUAUGACGAGAGAUACAAACGAUUUCCUCGAGAAGGCUAAAGAAGCGAUUAGAUUAGAAGAAGGUUUAAAUUAUUUGGAGACUGUUAAAGCUAAAUCUGCUAAACUUAAAGAAAAAAUAAACCGCCUCAACCAAUCAAUCCAAAAAAUCAAUCAAGAAAUUAAUAAAACAAAAGCUAUGGUGGAAAAUGCUAGAUCUGUUCUUUUCUCAGGUGAUGGUGGAAGUAAUAUAUAUGCCAAUAUGUCUAUGGAAAUGGCUAGACGAGCUAAGGAAGCAAUGAAGAAAAGAGCUAAAGCAAGUAAAGAUAGCAUUGUCAAAAUGAUGAAACCUAAAGAUUUAAAUUUCAGUUUAUCAAAAAGAAUAAGUGAUCUGAUUGAUGAUGGAUUAGGAAUAGAAUAUGACAUAGAAACUCGUAUGCAAAUGAUUUGUAUGAUUUUCUAUAAAACACGUGCAGUUAUAUGUAAUCAAUCUGCGGUGCGAGCAUGUACUCGUAUGCAAAAUCUUAUAUUUUCAGCAGCAUUGCCCAUUAUCAUAAAAAAUCUUUGUCUACGCAAAAUCUCCUCCGGUGUAGCUUGUCCAACUGAUCAUGCACUUCAACAAGCAGUGAGUCAGUGUAGUUCAAGUUUAUCAAAAAUAGGCUUUUCUACUGGAUUCGGUCCAUUGUUUUUACAAGCUCAACAAGAUUUAUAUCAAAUUAAACAAACAUUUCAUUUCACUAUCAAACAUAAACUACUUGAAUUCCAAGAAAUAACUAAUUGGUUGAAACGAAGAUCUACACUUAUUGAGUAUAUAACCCGACAAACGAAACAAACCAUACUUGUUAUCAUGAAACUUAGUUUAAUUUUUAAUAGUUUAUUCAAAUCAAUUUGUUUAUUGGUAUUUUACCAAGCUCACAGAUGGAUAUCAAGUUAUUUAUUGGAUCCGGAUUACGAUAACAUUUACAUUGAAUUGCCAUUUGAACAAAUUGAUCAUAAACGUUCCAAGGAAUCACGUGAAACGUUGUUACCGUUAAAAAAGCACGAACUAAAAAAUGUAAUAUGGCACCAAAAAAUGUAUAAAAAGAAUGAAUUGAUACGUGCAAUUAAAAGUUUGAUCAAAGUGAUUGGUCUCGGUUUCAGUUUCUCUCUAUUUUUCGUUAUUGAUUUUUACAUGACUGAAGUGGUCCUAGUGUUAGAUGAAGUAGCAAGUACAACAUUCAAAGUCGGUAGUGAAAAAAGUGAUGAAAAAUCUAAAAAACACAAAUUACAAAUAAAAGGCGAUGGAAUAUUUACUGAAUUACUUCAAAAAGCAAUAAACAUUUUACGAAAUGCUGGUGAAAUAAAUCUUAUCUAUGACCUAAGAGUAUGUAGUCCUAAGGCUGAAUAUACAAAAUUUAAAUACUAUUCACGUUUUUGUGCAAUAUGGUUACUAAUGAUGAUUCUUUCCUUAAUAUCUGGUUAUAUGCUACGUUUAAGACAUAAAAUAUUGAGUUUUUUCUAUCCUCGACGUUCAAAACAUCGAUUUAUUCAUUUAUAUAAUAAACUACUAGUUAACAGACGAUGUCAAAUGACCACUGCACGUAAUGUACUUGUUCAUCAAUCAAGUCAAAAUCGAUUGCAAAGAGAAGCUGAAAAACUUUCACAUAGCUCACUUUUAUAUAAUUGUAGUUUAUUCAAGCGUAACAAAGUUAAUUGUAUCAUAUGCAUGGAAAAAUAUAAAAUUGGUAAAAAUUCAUUAAUUUACGUAUGCCCAUACGAUGGUACAGCAAUUUGUCAAUACUGUUUAACUACUCUAUUUAAUAAUCAUAAAAUAUGCAUAACUUGUUUAGACAGAAAUUAUAAAAGAUUGGAACAAAUCAAUAAAAAUAUUUCCAACUUGAAAAAGAUCAUAAUCAAUGAAUAA